AUGCCAAAAGCCUCAGCUUUACCCCAUCUCAACUUGGCUCCCAACAACAAUGAGGAGCUUAAUGGUCUAACUCCCGCGACGCUGAGCCCUCGCUCAACGGGCUCUCCUCACACUCCACGGUCAGCCCCGACAUCCCCAUAUCUGCGAGGCCCUCCGCCAUCUUUUAUGUCCCACCAAGCCUCUGUAUGUCAAGACAGUCGAAAUGAUGGCUCGCGUACGGGGCCCAGCUCUCCCAGAAUAACAGCCAUGCCCGAAUUCCCUCCUUCGCCUGUUCCUCAAUCACCAAAGCAUGGUCGAGAUCCCUCUAAAGGUUUCUUUUCCAACUUGAUGGCCUCCAAAUCUUCCCACAAACUGCAUACUUCGGAAACCAGCAUUCCGGAGGGCGCAGAGAAGCCCAAUGGAAGGAGUCGGGCUAGUUCAAAAGAGAGGUCCCUACAUUCAGUAAAGAAGCAAGGUUCGACUCCAGAGUUGCCCAAAGCUGGAUCAGGAAACGGCCCCAUCAAUGACAACGAGCCCCCAGCCUCAUCGGAGUCGGUUCCCUCUCAACCCUCUCUCGAGCCUGUUCUGGCGGCCAAAAAGACCAAGUCUAAGUUUGGAGGCAUUCUCGCAAGGACCAAGACCGUGAAAAUGGAGGAAAUAACGCCAAAGCAGAAGCACCCGCCCCCAAGCCACCUGCAGCUGGACACCUCCAAUGCAGGCAAAGACCACGACGACACAUCCCCAAGAACUGCACCCAUCAAACUCGACCACCGAGAGAGAACAUUUGGCCCUGAGGGCAACGCAACCGUUCGAAACCGCUCGGUAGAUAGGCAGACUCGUGACGACUCACAAUCCACAAAGAGAGAUCGGCAGACGGGGAACAUUCCCACAUCGCACUCCUUCAGAGACGGAUCAACCCUCCAAAUUUUAUCCAACCUUGGGCAAACAGGCAAAGGCGUGGGAGACCGCCUUGGCAAGGCUGGGAAAGGCUUUUUCGGGAAGAUUACACGGAGUGGGAGCAGCAACGAGCGCGAAGUUCUAACGGUUACGGAUGACAAUUACGUAUGUACGACAAUCAACCUGCCACUUGUUAAGCAAACUCGGAAAACCAGGAUAGCAAGACGACUGGAGUUAUCCAAGGACAAGACUGAAUUCUGGAUGCCGGCGUUACCUUGGCGAUGCAUUGACUACCUAAAUAUGAAUGGUGCCGAGGAAGAAGGCCUGUAUCGGAUUCCUGGCAGCGGGAGAGAUGUAAAACACUGGCAGCGACGUUUUGACACCGAAUUCGAUAUCAACCUUUUUGAUGAACCCGAUUUGUAUGAUAUCAACACCAUCGGAUCAAUGUUCAAAUCAUGGCUGCGGGAGUUGCCGGACGAGAUCCUUCCCAAAUCCGUGCAAAACAAGAUUGCUACCCAGUGCGCCGGUGCGACUUCGGCGCCUCAACUUCUGAGAGACGAAUUGUCGCGUCUGCCGCCCUUCAACUACUACCUGUUAUUCGCCAUCACAUGCCACCUCAGCCUACUUAACAGCUAUGCCGAAAAGAACAAAAUGGACUAUCGAAAUUUGUGCAUCUGCUUUCAGCCUUGCCUGAAGAUCGAUGCUUUUUGUUUUCAGUUUCUCGUCAUGGAUUGGAAGAAUUGCUGGCAGGGCUGCUGGACCGAAAAGGAGUACCUGGAAGAAGAAUACCGAUACGAGCGGGAAGGGUCGAUUAAUGAAAGUGAGGACCUUGCCGUGGACGAAAGGGCCAUCUCUUCCAGUGGCAGCAGUCAACAACAGCAACCACCACCGCCACCACCACCGGCAGCUGAUCGACAGGUAUCUCCACAGCAACCUGUUCCUCCUCGAAGCGCAGAUGCUGCAGCACAACGCAAGUCGAUGGCGCCUAGGACAAAACAGAGGAGUCUGUCUCAGGGUGGAAGUGCUAGAGACAGAUCUAACAGUGCGCAUGCGCCUAGCCAAUCCGUACCCGCGGUACCACGGAUGGUGACACCGGAGCCUCCCAAACUGUCGCUUGACCAGAAGUUGCCUGAGCUGACAGGACUUUCUCCUAUCAGAAUGUGA